AUAUAGAGGGCAGCUAAAUUACACUAUAUUUCAUUAAUAAUAAGAAAUAGAAACUCUAAAUAUGUUUUUGCUGCAUGGGUCCACACUGCCUACAUCUGCCUGGCAGCAUACAGAUCUUUAAAUAGACUUCUAUUUUAAUUCAAAAGCAUAACACAGGCCCCUGAGGGCUUGAGGCACACAGGCUGGGUUUAAUGCCAGGGUCAAAUGGCCUGACAAACCUCAGGACACCCUGUGGGGAGUAUAUCUGAAGCGGAGAAGCCUGAGACUAGAAUCACCUGUGCUACUCAUUCUGCACAGUUUGACGCAGUGGCUCCAGACAACUUGUUGGGAAAUCAUUUUUUUCUUUUCUCUUUCUUUCAUUGUUAUUAUUUGUUCACAGCUGUACUCUGGAAGGUUAAAAUUUGCAGCCACCUUUUUUUGCACAGUCUACUUUUAAAGGACUAGAAGUUGCAUCAUAAGUUGGGAAAACUGCUGCAUCGCCUCAGAGAAUCGUGCAGAAAAAGCUAUGUCCUAUACAUCCAAACUUCCCGCUUCCUGGAAUGAUAAACCACCACCUCGCAAAGUGGAAAUUGACCUGAGUUCACCUGGCUUAGCGGUGUUUGAACUGGAAAGACUCUUGUUUACUGGGAAAGCCAUCAACAGCCAUGCAGACGAAGUGUGGCCAAGGCUUUACAUUGGUGACCAAGACAGUGCAGAAAACCAAGAUGAUCUAUUUAAGCAUCGAGUCACCCACAUCCUGAAUGCAGCUCACAGUAAACGCAGAGGACAGCCAGACAUCUACGAGGCCAUGCAGAUCACCUACAUGGGCAUAGAGGCUCGUGACUCCUGUGACUUUGACAUGAGCGUCAACUUCCAGGCAGCAGCAGACUUUAUCCACAGGGCUCUCAGCAGAGGAGGCAAAGUGUUGGUGCACUGUCACGUAGGAGUGAGCCGCUCUGCUACCCUGGUCCUGGCUUACCUUAUGCUGAAGCAGAACCUGACCCUUGUGGAGGCUAUUUGUGCUGUAAAAGAUAACCGGGGUGUCAUCCCAAAUCGAGGUUUCCUCAGACAGCUCAUCAAACUGGACGGCCAGCUUUUCGGCACACACUGAAUGCUGCCUGGUGGCAUUAUUGAUCACACUUCAUGGGUCCAGACCAUAAUGUAAAAUACAAUAAAGUUAGCACAAGUAUGUCACAUAAUGCUAAAAAGGUGAGAUAUACCAAUUUCGUUGUACUUUUAGUAUUACAGAUAUCGUUUCUCAAGAAGACAUCUGAUCAUU